CGCUGCGCGAUGUCAACGAGGAAGCGAGAACACAUGCACGCAGCACAUAACAUGUUGGAACCAGUAUGAGAGAAAAUACAUACCUUUUCCAUUUCAUCUCCACGAUUAAUAAAGAUACCGUCUCUACAGAGGAAGCUCUUCAGCCUGCUGUUCAGACCGCUUGAGAUGGCAUGUCCUGUAGAGUCUGCUGUGAUAAAGAGCACUGUGCUUGUUGCUCCAGUGACUGCACUGGAAUUCCUUGGGGAGGAUUUCCUGCUGACAGGUGAGGGACCAGUCCUCUCUGUGUACAGUCUUCAUACAUCUCCUAAAGAAUAUGCAUCCUUAAAUGUUCUUCAUAAUUACCGUAUCCAUGGGAUACGACCUAGUAGAAAACAUCAGUUUGGAGAGAGACUGUUCAACAAUUUAAUCUCAUCAGAAAGUUCUGUUUUGGCCAACAACAAAGAGGACAUCAUUGUUUUUGGAGGAAAAGGAGUUCGGCUGGUCAGCUUCAAUACUGGCGGACGAUGCCUAAAGCUCAUUGGUCCUGUCUUGGAGCUUCAAGACUGGAUUCUGGACAUUCAUUGGCUUAAAAAACAACCACACCCACUGUUAGGCAUAUCCUUGGCUCACAAUGCUGUGUUGCUUUUAGAUGCAGAAUCUGGUAAUGUUCUUUCCUUCUACUCUUGCGUAGAGACAUGUCUUCUUUACUCAGCACUUAUGAUUGGUCCAAAUUGGGAUUCUUUAGUGCUGGUAGGUGGGACUGUUUUCAAUCAGCUUGUGCUGUGGAGGCCCACUGGGACCAAACCUGAUGGCAAGUCCCAGGUAGAGAGACGCCUGUUGGGCCACACUGGAGUUAUUUUUAGCCUUUGCUACCUUCAGAAAUCUGGGUGGUUGGCAUCUGCCUCCGAUGACCGCAGUGUCCGUUUGUGGAGUGUUGGCACAUUGGGUGGAGAUGCAGGCUGUGGUGAGGAAUCACCAACAUGUCUUCGUGUGCUUUAUGGGCACCAGGCACGGGUCUUUUGUGUCAGGCUUGCAUCAAACCGUGUGUUCAGUGCAGGAGAAGAUGGAGCGUGCCUGCUCUGGGAAUGGGGAGGUGAAGGAAAGGUGGGACAUACAUUUAGAGGGCAUAGGUCAGGUGGAGUGAGGGCUCUGGCUGUCAGCGAGGAAAGUAUAGGCUGUAAGGAGGGAUGGAUGGCAACUGGAGGUGCAGAUGGUGGGGUAAGAAUAUGGAGAGUGGCAGAAGAGAAGAAAGAUUGUGAGGAAACUCAGACAGAGACUCAGUUGGAUCUGGGGUUUAAAGGGCAGGGUUGUCCCAAAGUGGUCCGAUUAGUGGGUGAGGGUGAAUUGAAUACAAUUCUGGUCUGUACUGAUCAAGGAGAGGUGUACCUUAGUCAGGGUGACUCCUGGGAUGUCAUUUGGCAAGGGGGAGCAGAAUUCCAGUCCUUUUGUGUGAUGGAGAUCACAAGCAUCCAAGUCCAGAAUUCAGAUUGCAUUGUGUGGGUAUGUGCAGUGGGUAAUCUGAACGGAGGUGUCCAGGUGUUCCUUGUAGGUCAGCCAGGUGUUGGAGUCUUGCUAAGAGCUGGUGAGGGUAAAGUUCACUCUGUACUUUGGGCCAAAGGAUUGUUUGAAGGGUCCUUGAGUUGGUGUCUUCUUGCAUCAGGCUCCGAGGGACUGGUUUACCGAUGGACAAUAAAAGUGACAGAGGAUGAAUCAGGCUUGCAUAUGCAAGAGGAAACUCUUCUUCCAUUCCUGCUGCCUCCCUGUGCCAAACGCUGGCUGACUGCUGCAGUUACCUUGUCCAAGAGAAAGGGGUUGUACCUUUGUGGUGACCGGAGAGGGUCACUACUGCUCUACAAUGAUACAGAAUUGAAUGUCAGAAGAAAUGAAGGAAGAACAGACUUAGAAAAGAAAGAAACUGAAAACAAGCAAUCAGACCAUGGCAGUCCUCUGUCUCCCAUCAGUACCCUUUAUGGAGUGCAUGGAAAGCAAGGUGUAACGUCUGUGUGUGAGUAUCAAGACUUAUGUUACAGUACAGGUCGAGAUGGAUCUGUAAGAAUACUAACUGUUGAAGAAAGUGUCCUGAAGGUGCGCAGAGUUCAACGGGCCUGCAGAGGCAUGGAGUGGAUAGAGAAAGUUCUGUUUCUGGGCUCGGAUGGAUCUGAGGUACAGGAAAAGUUGCUGAACGAGGGAAUCGAGAAGAGGACGAUCGAUCAAGGGAGUGCAAGCGUAGCCGAAACUCGGUUUGUAAUGGUUGGCUUCCAUUCGGUUCACUUCAUUAUAUGGGACCCUCACAGACAAGAGAAGCUUUUAUCAGUUGCCUGCGGAGGUGGCCAUCGAUCCUGGGCCUAUAAACACCCGAUAUAUGCCGACACAGAUCCUCGAGCACAUACACUUAGACGAGGCACCCUUGUGUUCAUCAAGCAUGGAGCUGUCAUGGCAUCACGCUCAUUAGCAUCCACAGAAACCGAUCUGAAUGGACUCACAGUGAAAGAGGGGCUACAUGGACGAGGCAUCAGCUGUGUUUGCCACCUUGGUAGUCUCACCAAGACUGGACAAUUUUCAGAACUUUGGGAAGUUUUUGUUACCGGAGGGGAGGAUACAACAGUAGGUGUACUCGCCAUCAGUGCGAAGAGUGGAAAUGUUAAAGUGCUCUCAGUUCUAACGGAUCAUAUCUCAAAUGUUCGUGCGCUGGCUGCAAUCAGAAGAAGAGAAACUAAUGAAAAAGGGGGAGAUGACGAUACCACCUCGGUCUGUUCUUUGGUGUUUUCUGCGGGUGGCCGGGCCCAGCUGCAGUGUUAUCGGCUCUUGAUUCGUUUGGAUGAGCAGCAGGGUCAGCCAGUCUGUCAGGUCACUCAGAUAGCUGGCCAUCGAUUGGAUGAACAGUGGGAACGGAAGCGGAACCGACACAAGACUGUCAAAAUGGAUCCAGAGACAAGGUACAUGUCUAUGUCUGUUGUACAUAAUGGGACUGAAUGUGUCCUGCUGGCUAUGGGCUGUAGUGAUGGUGCAGUAAGGCUUUUCAGUGUGACUGAGAGCAGUAGUAGUGUUGACAUGCUUUGGGAGUGUUUUUACCAUCAGAGAUGUGUGCUCAGCGUCGCCACCUACAAGCUGGAGGACUCCCUGGACAGAAAGCUUUUGUUGCUGUUCAGUGCCACUACAGAUGGUUGUAUAUCUGUGUGGGAUUUAACAGCAGUUUUGAACAGUAAGGCUAGUGUCAGCUGGCAGGGUCCAUCAGCCCCAUUCUUUUCCAUUCCUGUCCAUCAAAGUGGAGUCAAUGCGCUUACCAUCUCACCUAGGAGAGAAAUGAGGCAAAUGGAGGAGAAUGUUAUCUCAUUGGCCAGUGGUGGAGAUGAUGGACAGCUGUCUCUAAUGCAUAUUAAGAUAGAUCAGAAAAAGCAAGAAAAUGGAGGCGUGUCUCUACAGCUGCUUGCCCAUUGGUCAGUGCCCUUGGCACACUCUUCCCCUCUCACAGGGUUAUGCUUACUAAGCCCCACACUACUGGUGACCACCUCACCGGACCAGCGCUUGUGUUUGUGGAGUAUGAACAGUGACGGACUCCACCCACUGAAGGUGCUGUUCUCACACACUGCAGAUGCAGCUGGGUUGUGGGCGUGGUUUGGACAAGAGGGAGGCGCCUGGGUGGUUGUUUGUGGGCAGGGCUUACAGUUGUUUCAGUUAACGGAAAGAAAAAUGGAUGAACUGCAUGAAACUGUUAACAGGAACAUAAAAGAAGGCUACAGGUGUUCAGGUGCAAGGCUGAAGAGCUGCUUCCUAUCUAUUGCACCUCUCUUGUCAUGGCUGCCACAGUACUCCCUCAGGAAAAAUGCUAUUGGAGAUUUGAUAUCAGGAAUCAGUGUGGGGAUCAUGCAUCUCCCACAAGGGAUGGCUAAUGCUUUGUUGGUUGCAGUUCCUCCAGUGUUUGGUCUGUAUUCAUCUUUCUACCCUGUUCUCAUCUACUUCAUGUUUGGAACAUCCAGACACAUCUCUGUGGGUACUUUUUCUGUCCUUUCCAUCAUGGUCGGUGCGGUGGCUGGUGAUGUUGUGUUGGCAAGCAGCGGAGCAGAGAGUGAUGAGAUUGAGGCUGAAAGUGCUAGAGUUGCCUUUGCAGCUCAGUUGACCAUUCUGUGUGGACUGAUACAGAUUGUGCUGUACAUGCUGCGUUGUGGAGGGGUGUGUCGGUGGUUGUCUCAGCCGUUGGUCAGUGGAUACACUACGGCAGCUGCGGUCCAUGUGACUGUUCACCAGCUGCCUUUACUGAUGGGCAUCUCCAUAGUCAGACACAGAGGCGUCUUUGCUGUGUUCUGGAUGUUAUCAAACAUUGUGACUGGAAUCAGGAGAGUGCUACUGGCGACACUAGUGGUGUCCCUUGUCUCCCUGGUGAUACUUGUUGGUGGAAAGAUGGUGAAUUCACGUUGGAGCUCUCGAUUUCCCAUUCCAUGGGAGUUGGUACUGGUUAUCUUUGCCACUCUGUCUUCAGUGCUGUUUGAUCUGUCCGGUCAGUAUGGAAUACAGAUUGUUGGACCCAUACCAACCGGUCUCUCGCCUCCCUCCCUUCCAUCGUUUUCUGUCUCUCAGGAGCUGUUAUUGACAGCUCUUGCGUUGGCAGUGGUGGGCUAUGGUUUCCAAGCUUCACUGGGCAUGAUGUUUGCUCAUAAACAUGGCUACCCCUUUCACAGCAACCAGGAGCUGUUGGCUAUGGGUCUGUGUAACUCCAUAGGUGGGAUGUUCCAGUGCUUUCCAGUAAGCGGAUCCAUGUCUCGCAGCACAGUACAGGAGAGUACAGGCGGACAAACUCAGGUUUCUUCUCUGGUGUCUGCUCUGAUAAUUCUUUUGAUCUUGGUAAAGUUUGGCCCCCUUUUUCAGCAGUUACCAAAGACAGUUUUGGCUGUCAUUAUUUUAGUGAAUCUGCACGGGGUUUUUGCACAAGUCAGAGAUGUGCCUAAACUUUGGAAUACAGACCGCUUGGACCUGGUAGUGUGGGUAGUGACGCUGUUCAGUGCCUUGGUGUUUAAUCUAGACCUGGGGCUUGGCAUUGCAAUUGUUUUCUCUCUGUUUACUAUUGUCUUCAGGACACAGAAGCCCAGAUUUGCUGUUCUUGGACGUAUUGCUGGCACAGACUGUUACAGGGAUCUGGAGAAAUACUCAGAGGCACACCAGAUCCCUGGAGUGACUGUGUUUUCCUGUUCUAAUCCACUUUACUAUGCCAAUGCAGACCAGACCUUCACAUCACUCAAACAGACUAUUAGCAAUGACAUUAAUGAGAAUCCUGAAGUAAGACCUCCAGACCAGCAGGGGGCUCAGAGUCCACAGCAUUGCGUUGUUUUGGAGCUCAGUGGAGUCACCUUCAUGGACUCAGUGGCCAUAGGCUCAUUCAAAUCAGUGCUUCAGGAUUUUAAGAACACGCAGACCUUGUUUUUCUGUGCUUCAUGUCCAGAUCGUCUACUGUCUCAGAUGAAGAAUCAUUGUUUUGUUCCAGAUUUUCUGUCUCUUUCUUCAUUUUUUCCUUCAGUUCAUCAUGCAGUCCUGCACUACCAGGGGCUACAGAACACAGGCACAGAUGUUACAGAGCUAUGACCUUUAAUGACCUCCCUUCCUGAACGAUGAACUCAGCAAAUACAUGAACCUGCUAAACUCAAAGAAUCCCUAACUACUGAGCUUUAGAAGGGACACUUCUAGAAAGAUUGGAAAAGGA